ACUAUUUUCUAUUACCUUGAACAAAAACGCGUGCACUAGAAAUUUACAGUGUAGCUGGAUGAGGAAAUAUGUGCCACGUUUUUUUCAACAAACAACGCAAACGAAGUGCAAAAUUUGUGCGACUUUAUAAAAUGGUUAGAAAAUAUACUUCUUCGGCAACAAAAAAGCUGCGAGCGGCAGCAAAUAAGAAAAAUUUGAAAUUUCUAAAUAAUAUUGAUCGGGAGAAAGAAAAUAAAAACGUGGAUGUUAUCGCAAAGACCAGCACGGACACGAGUCGUUGUCCUCGUCAGUCCACCAGGAACAGUAUUCCUGUUGCUGUCCGUUCUAAACCGGUUGUAAAUCAUACCGGAAGUAAGGAAUCUAGCAGAAAAAUAUCAGAAUGUACCAGGAAGCAGUUGGAGUCUACCAGGAAGCGAUCAGUGGAUACUCGCUGGUCUAAAAACACGAACGGGUCAUAUUUUUCGGUUUCCGAUGAGGUAAGUAAACUAUGUUGAAAACAAAUAUAAAAGAACAA